ACAUUUGACAUUUGAAGUCUGAGCAAAUGUCAAGAAGCAAAAAUAUUUUCAGGGUUCAGACUUUUGCAUUGGUUUCGUAAAAAAAUUACGGCUGCAAAAUGCUGGCCCGUAAUUUAUUAUCUAGAGCCAUAUUGCUUAGAUCACUUAAGAAUGCAGCCGCUAAUACUAAACAAAUAACAAGGAACUCCGGCCAUGGAACCUGGUCAUACCGAGUGCCUCCACCCAUGCCAUCAAAUAAAACCAUUUAUCUAGCUGAAGUACUUGGAGGAAUCUGCUGGUGGUGGAUUCUUUAUCAUAUUGCUACGGAGCCAGAACAUGUUUAUGGAGAAUGGCCAUACAUAACCCCAGAUACAUGGACGGAUGAAGAAUUGGGCAUUCCUCCUGAUUCUGCAGGGCCAUUGAAGAAGUAAAUUGGAAAUUUACUCUAAAUCGUAACUUAUGUGUAGAUUAUUGUUAAAAUAAAUGUUUUUAAAUUGAA